AACUUUUAUUUGGGAAUUGAAUCUGAUUAUUUCUCACGAACUAUAAAAUAAAAAGUUCUUUCCAUAAAAGAAGAAUAUGCCGUCAUUUAGUAACAAAGUAUAAAUAUCUUUAAUUAUUUAUUUCUUUUGCGUUAUAUUAACAAAAUGCUCUUCUACAGGACAACAAGUGUAUAAAGUUUCUCAUGAGGUUAUGGGGACGCUAUAAUGAUCGUUUUUUAAGGAUUAUUAGGCUAAUGCCACAAUAUACGCCAAAACAACUUGCUAAUCAUUGGAGAAAUUAUCUCAAUCCAAAAUUAUGUAAUCAACCUCUAGGGGAUCACGAAAAAGGUUACGUUAUCGAACUAGCUCAAAAAUAUCGAACACCAAAAUACAUCAAUUGGAAAUACGUAAUUCAAGACCUGUAUGUACAAUUUGGAAAACUCCGCGCCGAAAACCAAGUUAAGAAUUAUUGGAAUUCGAAAAAUAGAAGUAACUCGUAUGACGUUAAUGACACCUCUUUACGGCUUCCUCGACUCCACAAUGAUACAAAAUAUCGUUAUGAAUUUAUUAUGGAACAUAAUUAUAAACUUAAACCUAAAUUUAAUGAACCUUAUAGAAUGAGGCCUUAUUAGUAAUUACCCUAAUCUGCCCCCAUAUUUUAUGGUCGGGAAGAUGAAGAUCUUAACGAAAAUUAAAAUGUAUACAUAAUAAACAAUUGAACAAAAUCAACUAACAACUUCAAUUUUAAU